GAAGUACUACCUAAUAGAAUAUAAGGAGGUGACCAGCAGCAGUGAAUCACUUCUCACUAAAACAAGAAAUCAUCUCACAAGAACGAGAAAUACCGUCUAUCAAGGAAAGGAAUCAUGAAGGCUCUACUCUCACUCUUCUGUCUGGUUACUUACCUGACCUGUACUCUGAGUGCUAAUGGCUGGCCAAUCUCUGUUGACAUGGCUUGUAAUAAAGCUCUUUCUGCAGUUGCUUGCUCUUUUGAGUUUACCAACAAUGCAAAUGAAGAUCUUUAUCUACUGAAACGUAACACUCCUCUUGAAGGACUCGACUCUCAAUUUGUCUCUGUCUCUCUUGACGGUCGUCCACUGGAAUAUGAAGGUAUUAUUAUGCGUCGUGCUCCUCCUACAAAGGAUGAGUUUGUUCUCUUGAAGGCAGCUGAGAGUAUUUCGGCAACAGUCCAAAUCACUGAUGCCUUUAGCAUUGAUGCUGAUGGUCUUUACACUGUGCAGUACAGUAGACCUUUACAGUAUCUGUCAGUGAAUGAGAUGAGAGCAAUGUCUAUUGAUCAGCUCAGGGAAUCGAUCGUACAUAAAUCUGUUCACAUUCAUUUGGAAGACACUUCUCUCCUUUCAAAACCAAAGGAGGAAGGUGAUGCAGAAAUCGAUUACACUGUCCACCUCCAAGACUGCGGCAGUGCUACUUUUAAAAAUGGUAAUGUUCAGAACAGUGCAACCGAGGAUGCUCAUAAGAAGCUCUGUGGAGGCAUCGAUAAAGCUAAAGGUAAAGUUGGCAACAACAACAUAUCUAUUACGUGGUUUGGUGCUUAUGAUUCAAAAAGGACAGCUAAAAUUAUUUUUUUUUACCAAAAAACAAGAGAUGGCAUAUCAAGCAAAAACUGCAUUUACUACAACAAUGGUCCUCGAUGCAAAGCCAACACUUAUGCCUAUACGCAGAAGACAAGUACCACUGUGUACCUCUGUAACCUUUAUUAUGGAGAUCCAACCGAUUGCAGUAAGACUGGUGAGAGCAAGGAAGGUACACUGCUUCGUGAAUGGGCCCACGCUUAUGGUCUCCUCGAUCAUACUGCUGAUGGUCGUAAUGAUUGCAAGAAUUUAGCAAAGAAACAUCCAAGCUGUGCCAUCAUAAAUGCUGAUAAUUACGGAUAUUACUAUUGUGAUGCUCAGUAAUGAAGCUCAUCAGCUAAAAGCCAAGAACUUUAAGACUCAUGCAACACUAUAGGACAUGCACAGUUUAUUUUUGC